AUGACAGUCCGGCGAUGGCUUCUCCUGCUCGGACUCGCCGGCGUGCUACAUGGAGUUCGUUGCCAGCAGCCCGUGCCCGACAGCACCGGUUUCAUCAGCAUCGACUGCGGCCUGCCGGAGCAGGCCGGCAGCUACGUAGACGCCGCCACCAAGCUUCCGUACGUCCCGGACGGCGCCUUCACCGAAGCCGGCUCCAACCACAACAUCUCCGCCGAGUACAUCGCCCCAUCCUACUCGAAGCGCUACCUCAACGUGCGCAGCUUCCCCGGCGCCAAGCGGAGCUGCUACACCAUCCCCGCCCCUGCGCCGGCCGGGUCCAAGUACCUGAUCCGCGCCACCUUCAUAUACGGAAACUACGACAGCCUCAACCGGCUCCCCGUCUUCGACCUCCACCUCGGCGUCAACUUCUGGACGACCGUGAACAUCACGAGACCCGGCACGGCGCAGAUCGCCGAGGUCAUCGCAUUUGUCCCGGGCGAGUAUGUGCAGGUCUGCCUCGUGGAUACCGGCUCCGGCACGCCCUUCAUCUCCGGCCUGGACUUGCGGCCCAUGACGAACAAGCUGUACGCGCAGGCCAACGCCACGCAGGCGCUGGUCCUCGUUGAACGGACCAACUUCGGCGUCAGUGAUCUCUCUCUCGUCCGCUACCCGGAGGAUCCAUACGACCGCGUGUGGAUCCCGUGGAGCGACCCGGAGGCUUGGACGGAGAUAUCGACGCCGGAGAAGGUGCUGGGGUCGGCAGACCUCCGUUUCCACGUGCCCUCCGCCGUGAUGCAGACCGCCAUCGCGCCGCGCAACGGGUCCAGGACCAGGACCAUCGAGCUGCCGUGGAGCGCCGUGCCGAACCAUGCCUAUCCCGAACCGGGCUUAAUCGGCAUCGUCUUCUUUGCCGAGCUCGAGGUCGUGGCCGGGGACGCCCUGCGCCAGUUUGAGAUGACCAUCAACACCGUGCUCUGGAGCAAGGCCCCCUACACGCCCAAGUACCUCAUCUCCGACAUCUUUUUCAACAGCGAGCCCCACCAGGUUUCUAGCGGCCAAUACAACUUCACCCUCAAUGCCACCGCCAACUCCACCCUGCCGCCGAUAAUCAACGCCGCCGAGGUCUUCACCGUCGUCUCCACGGCCAACCUCGCCACGGACUCCAAGGAUGUUGAGGCCAUGAGUGCGAUCAAGGCUAAGUAUCAGGUGAAGAAGAACUGGGCAGGUGACCCGUGCGCUCCCAAAAUUUUUGUGUGGGAUGGGUUGAGCUGCAGCUAUGCUAUUUCUAUGCCUCCCAGAAUCACAAGACUAAAUAUGUCAUUCGGCGGUUUGAGCGGAAGUAUACCGUCUUAUUUCGCCAACCUCAAAGAAAUCAAAUAUUUGGACCUGUCAUACAAUAAUUUUACAGGAUCAAUUCCAAAUUCUUUUUCCGAACUACCCUUCCUGGGGGUGCUAGAUUUGACUGGUAACCAGCUGAAUGGGUCCAUCCCAUCCGGGCUCAUGAAAAGGAUUCAAGAUGGCUCCCUUACUCUGAGGUACGGCAAAAACGCAGACCUCUGCAGCAACAGCAGCUCUUGUCAGCGCACAAAAGAAAAGAGCAAGUCUAUGCUUGCCGUGUACAUUGUGGUUCCUAUACUUGCGGUUGUGGUAACAGGACUACUAGCAGUUCUACUGCUUUUAAGAAAGAGAAAAAAGCAAGGAAACGGCAUUGUGAAGCCACAGAACGAGGCAGGCGACGCACAGCCGCGCUCAAGGAAUGUCGACGACCGGCACAGUCUGCUGCAGCUGGACAACCGCCGGUUCACGUACAGGGAGCUGGAAGCCAUAACAAACAACUUCAAGACAGUACUCGGGCGGGGAGGCUUCGGCUGCGUCUACGAUGGCUUCUUGGCCGAUGGCACCCAGGUGGCGGUCAAGCUGCGAUCUCACUCGUCUGGUCAAGGCGAGAGAGAGUUCCUGACAGAGGCGCAGACCUUGACAAAGAUUCAUCACAAGAAUCUUGUGUCCAUGGUCGGUUACUGCAAGGACGGGGAGUACAUGGCACUUGUGUACGAGCAUAUGUCGGAAGGAAACCUCGAAGACAAACUCAGAGGAAAAGAUCACAACGCAAGAUCAUUAACCUGGAGACAGAGGAUCCGUAUUGCAGUGGAAUCGGCACGAGGGCUUGAGUAUUUGCACACGUCAUGCAGCCCCGCCUUCGUGCAUCGAGAUGUGAAGACAUCCAACAUCCUGUUGAAUGCAAAUCUCGAGGCCAAGGUCGCCGACUUUGGAUUGCUCAAGGCUUUCAGUCGGGAUGGUGAUAGCCAAGUGUCCACUGCCAGAUUAGUUGGCACAAAAGGCUACAUUGCCCCUGAGUAUGCGGUGGCCAUGCAGCUCUCCGUGAAGAGUGAUGUGUAUAGCUUUGGUGUUGUGUUGUUGGAGCUGAUCACAGGACAACAACCCAUACUGCAAUGCCCAGAACCAACCAAUAUCAUCCAAUGGGUCCGGCAACGUCUUGCAAAGGGAAACAUCGAAGAAGUUGUAGAUGCUCGCAUGUCAGGUAACUAUGAUGUCAAUAGCGUCUGGAAGGUUGCAGAUGUCGCGCUCAAGUGCACAGCGCAAGAUUCUACUCAGCGGCCUACAAUGACCGAUGUGGUGGCGCAACUACAACAGUGCCUCCAGAUAGAUGAGCAACACUUCAUUUGA